AUGGUGUAUUCUAAAUCACAAGAGGAACAUGAACGGCAUCUACAAAUUGUACUAGGCAUGUUGUGGGAAAAGCAAUUGUAUGCUAAGUUAAGCAAAUGUGAAUUCUGGCUAAGUGAGGUAAAAUUCUUGGGCCACGUAAUUACCCGAGAUGGAGUAGCAAUAGACCCAAGCAAGGUAGAGGCCAUAUUGAAUUGGGAACGGCCCAAGACGAUAACUGAGGUGAGAAGUUUUCUGGGACUGGCCGGGUACUAUAGGAGGUUUAUACGCAAUUUUUCACGACUUGCCCUACUACUAACUAGGCUCAUUCAAAAGAAUCAACUGUUCAAUUGGGAUGCUAAGUGUGAGGCUAGCUUCCAGGAGUUAAAGCAAAAGUUGACCUCGACUCCUGUACUAAUAAUUCCCGAUCCUAUGUUACCAUAUGUGGUGUAUACAGAUGCGAGUAAGCAGGGAUUAGGAUGUGUGCUGAUGCAACAAGGUUGA